AAAAUGGGCGUUUGAAAGGAAAAGAGAGUGUUUCGUACUUUUCUCUCUAUUCAGGAGAAGAAAACUCUCUCUCUAUCUGACUUUUCCCUCUCUAGUUUUGCAUUUCUCAAAAAUUAAGAUCAUAAUGCUUUGGGAGAAUUUGGCACAUUUUGGAACGGAUUGGCUUGUAUUUUUGAAGAAUACUGAAGUUUUGAUAUCGUUAGCAGAUUGAGCAUUUUCAAGUGGAUUGGAGUUGUUUUUCAGAAGAAUACUGAAAUUUGAUUUCAUUAGCGGAUUGUGAGAAACUGACGCACUUCGAUUAGAUAUGAGAAAUAUUCGAGUCUAGAGGUAUAUUUCUGGGAGAUUGAGAAUCAGUUUCAAGACUGGUAAGAUCGUGGUUACACGAACUGAAAGGUGGAGCUCGUAUUCGUUGACAUUCAUCGGAAAAUCCUUAUCUGCCGGGAGCUUAGGAGCCAAAGGACUUGAAUCAACUGAAUUUGUUGUGGACUCACCAUUGUCAAGGGUCAUUAGCGGAAGGAUAAUCUUUAAUUUUAGAACCACAAGUUUUGCUUAAAUACGAUUCGGGAGGCUCUAUUUUGCAAGUUCGUCAGACUCUGCAGAUAUCCGAUAUAAAUUACCCACCCAAUUUUGGUGUUCUUCACAUUGAUUUUUCAGUACCAAGUUUCACCGAUUGUUCAAUUUUGAAGAAAGAAUCAGAGUUUCUCUGCGAGGAACAAGAAGAGGAAUUAAAUCCAUUGCAGGUGUAGAAAGGCGAGAUGGAGAGGAAUAAUCCCGCUAGCAACAGAGACGGAGGACUGUUACAGAGAUCCGAGUCAAAGUCAGGCGUAACGACGUCGUCAGACUUAUUUUUGCAGUGGGGCAAUAGAAAAAGGCUUCGGUGCAUGAAGGUGCAGGGAAAAGAGCACAGCAAUAAUGAGGCUGCCCCACGGGUUAAUCGGACCACAACCCGGGUUAUUAGGUCGGAUCUGAAUAAGGAUUCUGCUAAUUCAAAUCAACAGAAUAAUAAUAAAAAUGUGUAUUUGAAUCUCCGUCAACAACGUCCAUCUUCUCCAUCUCAUCAUCAUCAACGAAUUUUGAGGAAUUCUGAGAGUUCAAUUGGUAUGAGGGGACAAAGCAACGGUGGUGUGAGGGGGGUGACUUCCCCAGACAAAAAAGGUACUGCUAAUAAUAACAGUAAUCACCACCACCACCACCACAAUAAUAAUAAUUACAAGAAUAAUGACAACCAUCAUGGCGGUGUCGGCGGCGGAGAUGGUGGGUCGACGUCAUCGGAGACAGCCCAAGACGGCAAGAAAGGUGGAUCGUCGGGAAGUGACACGAUGAUCCCUCCAUCUGUGUGGCCUCCUAAGUUUGUGAUUGCUUUGACAAACAAGGAGAAAGAAGAGGAUUUCAUGGCCAUUAAAGGUUCCAGGCUCCCACAAAGACCCAAGAAAAGGGCUAAGUUCAUUCAGCGAACCCUCAAUUUGGUAAGUCCAGGGGCAUGGCUAUGUGACCUGACCCUAGAAAGAUACGAGGUCAGAGAGAAAAAGGUCACAAAGAAGAGACCAAGAGGGUUGAAGGCAAUGGGAAACAUGGAGUCGGACUCAGAAUAAAGGACGUGAGGUGCGGAGGAAAUUAAAUUACACAAAUUUGUGUAUUUUGUAUUUCUUAGGACUCCAUUUUCAAAUUAUUAAUAUAUAAUUAUGCUGCAUUUUGUUAAAAAAUA